UCGGAUCUGCUGGCUACAGUUGACUUCAAAGUUGCACAGACAAAAAGAAUACACAAACGCUUGAAUCAGCAUUCAACACUCUUCGUACAUCGCAGGUAGAUUAUUGUUGGACAUUUUUGUGGAAGUUAACAUGAGUUUCAAGCUGCAUUGGUUGAAUCUUAUGUUUUUAUUGGCCUGCGCCGAACUAUGUCUGUCUCAGAAAAAUGAGCGGUUUAAUGCUGUCGUUGAAGACCGAGGCUUCACGGGGGAUGAGACAGCGGCGGGGUUGCAGGUCUCCCUGGAGGCCUGCAUGGUUCUGGCCAGUCAUCUGACCACUGUGUUCUUCCCCAUCGUCUACAUAGUGGUGUUUGCUGUGGGGCUGCCCACCAAUGCCAUGGCCAUCUGGGUCUUCCUGUUCCGGACCAAGAAGAAGCACCCUGCCACCAUCUACAUGGCCAACCUGGCUCUGUCUGACCUGCUCUUUGUCAUCUGGACUCCUCUGAAGAUCGCCUACCACUUCAACGGUAACGACUGGAUCUAUGGAGAGAGGCUGUGUAAAGUCGUGGUGGGCUUCUUCUAUGGGAACAUGUACUGCUCCAUCCUCUUCAUCACCUGUAUCAGUGUCCAGCGCUACUGGGCCAUCGUUUACCCCCUCUCCCAGGAUUGUAGGAACAACCAUGUAGCCAUCGGUGUCUCGGUCGCAGUCUGGGUGGGUGUCUGGCUGCUGACCACCCCUCUCUACCUCUACGACCAGACAGUCAAGGUGACCAACCUCAACAUCAUCACCUGCCACGACGUCACCCGGCCAAGCCAGAAUAGCAUGGCCGCCGGCUUCUUCCUGACCAUGGGAACCCUGGGAUUUGUAGUUCCCACCGUGUUGUGCGUGGUGGUUAACGUUCUGAUGCUCAAGUCCCUUAGGAGCUCAAUGACGAACGCCAGCAUCACCAAGAAUCGGCGCAAGGCUGUGGUGCUCAUCAUUACUGUGCUGAUCAUCUUCCUGGUCUGUUUCACCCCCAGUAACAUCAUGAUGCUGGUGACCUACUCUCUCCUGCUGGCUCAAGUAGUACAGAAUGACUACGGCUUUUACAUCACCACCCUGUGUCUGGCCAGCCUCAACAGCUGUGUGGAUCCAUUCAUCUACUACUUCAUCUCAGAGGAGUUCAGGGAGCACGUGAAGAACACGCUGAGAUGCCGCAGCCAGAGGGCAUGAUUAGGAUGAGGGUCUCGUUCACUGCUCUGAAAUACUUCAAGAUGAGUAACACCAUCCAGGUUUGGGGUCAAUCCCAGUCAAUUCAAUAAGUACUGAUUAGG